UGGAUGCCGGUGGAAAGCUUCUCGAAGGAACUGCAAAGAUGAUGCCCACACCAGUUAUCCUGCUGAAGGAGGGGACAGACACGUCUCAGGGCAUCCCCCAGCUCGUCAGUAACAUCAAUGCCUGCCAGGUGAUCGCUGAGGCCGUCAGGACCACCCUGGGGCCCAGGGGGAUGGACAAACUGAUGGUGGACAGCAGAGGUAAGGCCACAAUCUCUAAUGAUGGAGCCACCAUCCUGAAACUGCUGGAUGUUGUUCACCCUGCUGCCAAGACUCUGGUGGACAUCGCUCGCUCCCAGGAUGCUGAGGUUGGGGACGGCACCACCUCUGUCACUCUCCUGGCCGCAGAAUUCCUGAAGCAGCUGAAGUCAUACGUGGAGGACGGGCUCCACCCUCAGACUAUCAUCAGAGCGUUCCGCACUGCCACCAACCUUGCUGUCAACAAGAUCAAGGAGAUCGCCGUCUCGGUGAAAAAAGACGACAAGGAAGAGCAGAGGCAGCUGUUGGAGAAGUGUGCAGCCACAGCCCUGAACUCCAAGCUAAUUGCUGGUCAGAAGGAGUUCUUCUCCAAGAUGGUGGUGGACGCUGUCAUGUCUCUGAACGAGCUGCUGUCUCUGAAGAUGAUUGGCAUCAAGAAGGUCCAAGGAGGAGGCCUUGAGGAUUCCCAGUUGGUCUCCGGUGUCGCAUUCAAAAAGACUUUCUCCUACGCCGGGUUUGAAAUGCAGCCUAAACGCUAUGAGAACCCAAAGAUUGCUUUGCUCAAUGUGGAGCUGGAGCUGAAGGCUGAGAAGGAUAAUGCUGAAGUCCGCGUGAAAUCUGUGGAGGACUAUCAGGCCAUUGUGGAUGCAGAAUGGAGCAUCCUGUACGACAAAUUGGAGAAGAUCUAUCAGUCAGGAGCCAAGGUGGUUUUGUCCAAGUUACCCAUCGGUGAUGUGGCCACCCAGUACUUUGCUGACAGAGACCUGUUCUGUGCUGGCAGGGUGCAGGAGGAGGAUCUGAGGAGGACCAUGAUGGCCUGUGGCGGCUCCAUCCAGACUUCAGUAGGUGCCAUGACAGACGACGUCCUGGGACAGUGUGAACUCUUCGAAGAGGUCCAGGUUGGAGGAGAGAGGUAUAACUUCUUCAAGGGCUGUCCAAAGGCAAAGACGUGCACCAUCAUCCUGAGGGGUGGGGCAGAACAGUUCACAGAAGAGACGGAGCGAUCGCUGCAUGAUGCCAUCAUGAUCGUACGCAGAGCCAUCAAGAACGACUCCAUUGUUGCUGGUGGAGGAGCUAUAGAGAUGGAACUGUCCAAGUACCUGCGGGAUUACUCCAGGACCAUUCCUGGAAAACAGCAGCUGCUGAUUGGAGCGUAUGCCAAGGCCCUGGAGGUCAUCCCCAGACAGCUGUGUGACAACGCCGGCUUUGACGCCACCAACAUCCUGAACAAACUGCGCGCCAAACACGCACAGGGUGGCAUGUGGUACGGUGUGGACAUCAACAACGAGGACAUUGCAGACAACUUCGCGGCCUGCGUGUGGGAGCCAUCCAUCGUGCGGAUCAACGCUCUAACGGCAGCAUCAGAGGCAGCCUGCCUCAUCCUGUCAGUAGAUGAGACGAUCAAGAACCCACGCAGCACUGUGGAUGGACCUCCGGGUGGCGCUGGCAGGGGCAGAGGCCGCGGGAGACCCCAUGCUCACUAAGAGGAAGCAAGAACAAAACCCCAUUUUAAACUGGCAUUAAAAUCCAAAUGCACUGAUUGAGGGUUCAGUACCGGCCAGGUUACAUUUGAACAGAAGCAGACAAAGAUUGUAAAAAUCACAAGAAAAGCACUCUUUUGUAGUUUAGAUGCCUUGCAGGUCAUGUAAGACCUUUAAACAAACUGUCCCGUUUAAAAAGAGAGUGCCUUGGAGUUUUCUUGUGAUUUUUAUGUCUACUUGUCUGCAAGGUCACUGAGUCUAGGAAGUGCUCCUUUUCAGAUAAGGAUCGUGUUGAAUGUAGCUUGGCAUAUUUGAUCUGCUUUUGGAUUUGAAUUCUAGAUAAAAUGAGGUCUUGUAAUGGGUCACAGACACAUUGCAAAUGGCAGAUGUAGUGAAACAAACGAAAGGGGGGGAGGAGAAGUUCAUCUUGAAACUUGAAGAGAGAUUCGUUAGACUUUGUCAAAGAUGGCUGACAUUUUGUGUGUUUUCUUUGUCACCUGUAGUUUUUUCUUACUGAAGCUUUGACUCUGCAACAUCUGUUUAGCGUUUCAAGCACUGCAUCUUUCCUUGUGUAGCCAUUUUACUGAGAAAUGACAUUGAAAUACAAGCAGGAUGAAAGAAGAUCCCUCUUAGUUUUGACACAAACACUCCUGUCCCCUCCGAAGUCGACUCUUCCUCUCCGACAUCAAGUUGUUCCAUAAUUUCUAACCCGGUUUUGUGUUACGUGGCAAACAUGAUGUUAAACAUGGAAAGUAAAGCACUGAUUGGAUGUCGAGCAGUUCUGAACCAUUCACUGGUUAUGCUGUGUAAAACUAUUUAUUGGACCAUUCUUAUCAAUAAAUUCACAGCUGAAUUCA